UGCCUACUAUUACUUUAAGUGUCAUAGAACCUAAUGAAUGUGACAUUCAGUCUCUUGGAUCUAUAUCGUCUCUGGACACGGCAAGUUUAGGAUCUCCAGGGGGGCCUUCAUUGGCUUUUCACCUGUCUUUUCGCCUUGCCCUUCACCUAGCCCUUCUACCAACCCUUCACCUAGCCAAUCAUCCUCAACUUCCGGGAACAUGCGCAGUGCUUCAGUGUGGCCAUCACCAUUUCUUAUUCCUCCUCUGUCUCAUGACGUUGAACUGAGGUUGAAAAAGGCCAAUGAGGAAUAUGCAAAAACCAAAAAGAGCAUAGACGAGGUGCCCAGGGACAUGUCAAGUGAUAUUCUGAACAAAAUUUGUCAAGCAAGUUUUAGGAUAAAGGCUUAUCCUGAGCCUCAUGAGGUUGAAUCAAUUGCUGUUGCAUUGAUUUCAAAGUACCCUUGCCUGAAGGAGGAUGAUGGGAAGGGUUAUGGCGGAUGGCUUGUGUCCAUCAGGAACAAGUUCAACAAUUACAGAGCAAAGCUGCGGGAUGCUGGUUGCAUUGAGGUUGUUCUGAAUAGCAAGCGAAGGGGAGACGGAGAGACAACCCAGUUUGUCCUUAAGAGGCCUAAAAGUGGCGAAAUCAACCAUUGUCCAGACCAUCCAAAUGACCAAGAUGAAGCCUCACUGGAGGAACAGAGACAGCUUCUAGUGGAGGCAUCAAAGAAGGCAAGAGUAGAUGAGUCUCUCAUCAAAGCGAAAAUGGAUGUGACCUUCUCAAUGAGGCGAAAGGAGGUUGUCGACAAACAGCCCAUGGUGGCAGAGUUGAAAUAUAGAUGGCCCACUUUGUUCCUUAAAGACCAGAUUUGUGAGGAGUUUUUCCGUAUUACAAACAAAGAUUUACUCGGAACAUUCAGACCUGCAGUAGAAAAGUAUGCGCCCCUACUGCUGAGUUUGUACCGCACACGAAAAACAGAGUUUGGCAAGGACCUGAAGGAGAUACUGAGAAAGCUUGAUGAUGAGACCACCGACAUCGUCAGACACCGCAAGGAAGCAGCCAUGAAAGGACUUCCUGUGUUCCUACGUGAAGAUCCUCAUCUACUUUUCAAGCGGUGUCUUGAAACUGAUCCAGGUGACAUGGCUGCCAAGGGAGUCACUGGGGGAAUCCUGUAUGUCCUUGAGGACUGUGUGGCUGAAGCCUCAUCCCCCAAGAUCCAAGACAUUGCAGUCAUCUUAGAGGAAUCUAUCGUAGUUAAGGACCUUCCGGAUACUCCCUCUGCCUUGGCCUACCUUCUCGGCCUCCUUUAUGCACUCAACAUUUCCUAUCCGGAGGGCCUUAAAUACACCUUGGAAACACUUCAAAAGCUUUUCAUGGACAUUGGCCCCAAAUGCUCAAACCGUGUCUUGUCUCUGAAGAAAAAGCUUUGUCUUCGGAAAUGAAGAAACUUGAGUCAGCUCUGACCAUAGAUAUAUAUAAAGGCUAGACGUUUUGUCCGCGU